CCUGUUUUUCCACUCUUUCAAGUUCCAACCGGGAAGAGAACAAACCAGAAAGACUUCCACUUUUUCUCUAAUACUCUUGUGAUUUGGGAUUUUAUCUGCUUUUGUUGAUGCCCAUUUCUGAGUUUAAAUAUAAGUUAAAAUCCAGAGCAGUUCAGCUAUUUUUCCAUCUCUUGGCUCUUACUCUUCUUAGCGACCACCGAAUCGAUGGGCCGUGAACACUCCUUUCGUAGUAAAGCUGCCCAUUUCGUCUCUGAUCUCACAACUGUGUUUCUCAAUCCAAUCUCUGAUGAACCCUCAAAGCAUCCUGAGGAUACCAUGGAUCCCAAAGGAAGUGAAGAUGAGUCAAAAGCAGAGGAGGAUUCUGAGCCUCUAGUAGAUGGCCCUGAUACAUCUUCUUUCACAGCAUUCCUCUACUCUUUAUUGUCAGCUUCAGAAUCUGAGGGUCAUUCACAUGGUGAUGAACAAAAUGGUUAUCAUGAUGAAAUGGGUGAGUCGGCAUCUGAGGACUUACCAGUGAAGGAAAAUAAUGCAAGGAAGACACUUUUUUCUAGGGGAAAACAUUCACUUGCAAGAGUAAUCUACCUUGCCACAAAGUUUAAUGGGCGGAAGGGUGAUCAGAAAAAGAAAAAUGAUGACAUGGGCAGUUCGAACUUUAUUGGGCUUGAGUUGAACCCUGUACAGAAUCCAAAGGAGACUGUGUCAAGAUUUUGUCUCCCAGAUAUUUCUGAACCUUCGUUACUUCUUUCUGAGAAAAUGCGAAGUGCUCUCUAUACUUCACUUCCAUCACUUGUUCAAGGAAGGAAAUGGGUGCUGCUCUACAGUACCUGGAGACAUGGAAUAUCACUUUCAACCUUGUACAGGAGAAGUUCGCUUUGCCCUGGCCUUAGUUUGCUGGUUGUCGGGGACAAGAAAGGUGCAGUAUUUGGUGGAUUAGUCGAGGCACCACUGAGACCAACCAGUAAGAGGAAAUAUCAGGGGACUAAGGAUACGUUCAUUUUCACAAAUAUAUCUGGGCAUCCAGUGGUAUUCCGUCCCACUGGGGCAAAUCAUUAUUUCACUCUUUGUUCCCUCGACUUUUUAGCAUUGGGUGGAGGUGGUCACUUUGCACUCUAUUUGGGUGAUGAUCUCUUGAGGGGGUCAAGUUCAGUUUCAGAAACCUAUGGGAACCCCUGUCUGGCGCAGUCCGAGGACUUUGAAGUUAAGGAGGUUGAGCUGUGGGGCUUUUCCUAUGCAUCGAAGUACGAGGAAACCAUUGCUUUGUGCCAGUCAGAGGCUCCUGGGAUCUGCCGCUUAAUGAAUCUUUCUUGAGCGUCUUACCAGUUGAUCACGUCUUAAGGAUAGACAUCAAGCUUGUUGUACCUUCUAUGCUUGUAUAAUGCUGGAUGCUGACUCAUAAUGUGGAGGGACUUGUGUAUAUGUCAAAGUUGUACAUAGAGAGUAUUUGCCUCACGAUUGUAUAUAUUUGAACGCUUAACUACGUACUAAUUGCAUACAACUUUCGGUAGUUCCCA